CGCCCAUCGGUAUGCGCAGCGCCACAUGAAGUAGACCACGCCCAACGUUUUGAACUUUGCACUAUUGUUUUGUCGAUGGUUCAUAAGUUUGUAACUUUGAUGCUUCACGACCUGCUAGACAUGAUCAUGGGAAGCGUGUUGGCCAAGUGUGCAGCCACCGACCUAACCAUUCAGUGGCUCGGAUGGGCACUUGCGUCUGCGUUCAAAACGGAGAAGUUUUACGACUUGGCAGGAUCCGGUACAUUCGUACUGUUGGCUCAUCUGAGUCGUGUUUGGGGUGGAAAGGGUCACCUUAGACAAAACAUACAAACUGGAUGUGUUACUGCGUGGGGACUGCGGCUUGGGACUUUUCUCUUUCUAAGAAUCCUCAAAGACGGACAAGACCGGCGGUUUAACAAUGUCAGAGACAGCCCAGGGACAUUCUUUGUGUAUUGGACCAUGCAAGCUUUGUGGGUAUAUGUCACCCUUCUGCCCACCCUAAUGCUAAACAGUGAAAAAAGAGAUGAACCCUUGGGUGCUCGUGACUAUAUUGGAUGGGGAAUUUGGGGGCUGGGCUUCGCUACGGAAGCUAUCGCCGAUCAGCAAAAGUGGAGUUUUAAGAAUGAUCCAGAUAACGCUGGAAAAUUUAUUCAUCAUGGACUGUGGGCAUACAGCAGACACCCAAACUACCUAGGGGAAAUCCUGCAGUGGUCUGGAUUAUUUCUGUCAGCUUCCUCCGUCAUGCGUGGACCACAGUAUCUCAGCGUGAUGUCACCUGUCUUUGUCUGGUUCUUACUGAGGCAUGUUAGCGGCAUCCCCAUCUUGGAGAAACUAGCUACGAAGAAGUGGGGAUCAGAUCCUGCUUUUCAGGAUUACACCAGAAACACUCCAAUGCUUUGGCCCUUUCCCAAGUUUAAAGGAAACUAAAGCACUGCAUAGUUUACCUGCCUUGUUUCUGGACAUUACUUUUGACAAAUAAAAUGGAUUCUGUACAUGGCCGGAUACAGACAAAGAAACGGA